UUGAUAACCUUGAUCACAAUUUGCGUUCGAAGCGUUUGUUGUGAGUGAUUUAUGUACGUUUCUUAAUAUUUCACUAAUUAUUACGUCCGAAUUGUGUUUAAACUAACUAUAAUAUACUUGAUAACGUAGUAGGAAAUCUAUCUAUCGCAAAAAAUGGCUCAAUCGUCGUUACCAAACCCAAACACGCUGUUGCCGCUAGAAUUAGUGGACAAAUGCAUAGGUUCCCGAAUUCACAUUAUUAUGAAAAACGACAAAGAAAUGGUGGGAACACUACAAGGAUUCGACGAUUUUGUGAACAUGUUACUUGAUGAUGUAACGGAAUACGAAUCGACGCCGGAAGGAAGAAAAAUAACCAAAUUGGACCAAAUUCUACUAAAUGGAAAUAACAUUGCAAUGUUGGUGCCGGGUGGUGAAAUGCCAGGAGAAAAUUACGAAGCCCAGUGAUAUUUAUAACAUAAAUAAGUUAAUAAAAUAAGUUUUCUAACAUA